AUGCCCCUAGCCAGGAGAUCACAUCGGAAAACAAGAACAGGGUGUCCAAAUUGCAAAAGGCGUAGGAUAAAGUGCGACGAACAAAAGCCAUCGUGCAGAAAUUGUGUCCAACACCGUAUAGAGUGCGAAUAUGCAGGAUCGCAAGCAAUGAAUGAUCACAGCUCUUUGGCGUCUGCUACUGCUACCCCAUCCCCUUCCCCUUCUAACAUAGGGACCACCAGGACUUUGCCCCCAAACCCCUGGGCUCAGUCAGGUUCAUCUCUUCAGCCUCAACCAUCAGUAAGCGACGAUGAUGUCCUAAAUUCUAGGCUCAUUCAUCAUUACUCGACGGCUACAUACCAGACACUUUCUGAUAAAGCUGAAUUCCAUUAUAUAUGGCAAUUUGAGAUCCCUGAGAUAGCUUUCGAACACAGAUUUCUCCUGCCCAUGAUCAGGGCCGUGUCUGCCCUGCAUAUAUGCCGCAAAGGCUCGUCGGAGGUGCGUUACAAAGCAUACGCUUAUCAGCAGUAUGAGGCAUCUUUGAAAGACUCCUCAUUGGCACUCUCGAGAAUCUCACCAUCAAACUGUCAUGCGCUUUAUGCUGUUUCGGCACUUGCAUUUGUCUUCGAACUUGGCACUUCGUAUAACCACGAUAGCCUCCUGUGCAGUGGGACUGAUGUCCUGGCUCCUUGGAUCGUGCAUAUUCAAGGAGUUCGCACAAUCAUGCUGUCGACCUGGGCGCACAUUAAGGCUGGCGUCUUAGGGGCAUUGUUUGACGGUGAGCCUUUGGGAAACGGGCCUGUGGAGCUUGAGUCGUGUGUGAAUGAUUUUGCGGGUUAUAUUGAAACAAUGCCACUUGCCUCAGAACAAAUUAUGACCUAUCGCAGUGCUGCAAAUGAGCUCAUCAAGUGGUCGAAAAUGCCCUAUUCGGGUUUCUUUGGAUGGGUAUGUCUGUUCGGGGAUGACCCUAGUGUAGCAGCCGCAGUCAUCGCCCUUAUCUGCUACGGCGCGAGCACCGGCUUCCACAUCUUCCAGCUAUGGAAGCUCCGUAGUUGGUUUUUCACAACGUUCGUCGUGGGAGCGAUCAUGAUGACCGUGGGCUACAUAUUCCGCACGGCCUCAGCAAAAGACAAAACAGCCAUCGGACCCUACAUUGGGCAGAACGUCUGCAUCCUCCUGCCCCCUUCCCUCUACGCAGCGACAAUCUACAUGAUAUACAGCCGCAUUGUCCUGUUCGCUCGCUCGCAUGAACUAUCCAUAAUAGCACCACACAAGGUCACCAAGAUCUUCGUGAUCGGGGAUGUAAUUGCAUUCCUGAUGCAAGCCACUGGCGGUGGUAUGAUGGCUAUCUCUUCGAUGUCUAGUCUCGGCCAGAAGGUGACCAUCGUGGGACUCUUCGUGCAAUUGAUCUUCUUUGGUGGAUUCUUCACCCUUUCAGUUGUUUUCCACCAACGCGUCCAGAAGCUGAAACGCACCCGGGUGCUUUCAAUGCCGUAUGGGCCGUUGUUAUAUGUCCUGUUUGGAGUGUCGUUGUUGAUUAUUAUUCGGUGUCUGUUUCGCAUUGUUGAAUUCUGCCAAGGGAAUGACGGCUAUCUUGCCAGCCAUGAAGUGUUU